AAUAUCCCUUACUUAACCCUUACUCAGAUUUGAUGUUUGAUUUCUGUAUAUACUUUUGGGAGUAGGGAUGUUUGUUUUGUAUCAAAAUAAACUGCCGUAAAAUAUGCACAUUUCUGAUUUAUUUGUGGCUUGGCUGACUAAAUUGAUCUAAACAGACAAUCUUUUUAUUAUUUUUUAUUAAAGCUCUUUAUUUACAAAACAUAUGCAUGGGUAAUUUUUCAACAUUGACCCUUGCAGACCUUCUGUUCCAAAUUUUCCCCUCCCUUCCCCCACCCUCUCCCCUAGAUGGCAGGUUGUCCAAUACAAGUUAAAUAUUAAACAGAUAAUCUUAAAGGAAGUUUACGACUUCUCUGGGAGCAAGCUUAGAAUCCCAAAUGGGGAAAAGUAGCUUUGCAUAGUCAUCCGUGACAGGAACGGAUGUGAUAAGCGGCCUCACAGGUCGAAAGGGUGACAACUAAACAACCGAGUAUCUCGGCCAACACUAACAACAAAGAAGCCGGAUGGUCAGGCCGGGGCGGGCGGGGGAGGGGAGCAAUUCUACGCAUACUCCGGGAGAACGGGCGCGCAUUGGGCACUUACGAACACAAGCCAGAGCCCGCCCAGAGCCACGCCCAGCAAGACCGGCGCGAAAGAGAUGGCGCAGGGGGGCUGGGCCCCGCCUCGUUUUUCGACUCCAUUGCACCGACACGUGGGACAAGGUGCUUUCCGGGAGGUAUACGAGCCAGCCGAAGACACUUUCUUGCUGCUGGACGCACUGGAGGAAGCAGCCGCGGAACUUAAGGGAGUAGAGAUAUGCCUUGAAAUAGGAUCAGGAUCUGGCAUCGUGUCUGCAUUCCUGGCUUCAAUUAUUGGCCCUCAGGCUUUGUAUGUGUGUACUGAUAUCAACCCUAAAGCAGCUGACUGUACCUUGGAGACAGCACUGUGUAACAAAGUUCACAUUCAGCCAAUAAUUACAGAUUUGGCCAAAGGAUUGUUACCAAGGUUAUUCAGGAAAGUUGAUCUUCUGGUAUUUAACCCACCUUAUGUAGUAACGCCUUCUGAAGAGGUAGGAAGUCAUGGAAUAGAGGCAGCAUGGGCUGGUGGCAGAAAUGGCCGAGAAGUCAUGGACAGAUUCUUCCCUUUGGCUGCAGACCUCCUAUCGCCAGAAGGAUUUUUCUAUUUAGUUACUAUUAAAGAAAACAAUCCAGAUGAAAUUAUGGAAACAAUGAAGAAAUAUGGUUUACAGGGCAUAAGGGUACUUUCCAGACAAGCAGGAAGAGAAAUUCUUUCAGUUCUAAAGUUCAACAAAUUCUAAUAAAUUAAUGUGAAAUGUUGAGUCGUUAGUAUACUUUUAAAACUAAAGCUAUUCAGCCCUGUCUGUAGUGGCUAGAAACUGGAAAAUGAAUGGAUGCCCAUCAAUUGGAGAAUGGCUGGGUAAAUUGUGGUAUAUGAAUGUUAUGGAAUAUUAUUGUUCUGUAAGAAAUGACCAGCAGGAUGAAUACAGAGAGGACUGGCGAGACUUACAUGAACUGAUGAAAUGAGCAGAACCAGGAGAUCAUUAUACACUUCGACAACGAUAUUGUAUGAGGACAUAUUUUGAUGGAAGUGGAUUUCUUUGACAAAGAGACCUGAGUUUCAAUUGAUAAAUGAUGGACAAAAGCAGCUACACCCAAAGAAAGAACACUGGGAAACGAAUGUGAACUAUCUGCAUUUUUGUUUUUCUUCCCGGGUUAUUUAUACCUUCUGAAUCCAAUUCUCCCUAUGCAACAAGAGAACUGUUCGGUUCUGCAAACAUAUAUUGUAUCUAGGAUAUACUGCAACAUAUCCAACAUAUAAAGGACUGCUUGCCAUCUAGGGGAGGGGGUGGAGGGAGGGAGGGAAAAAAAAAAUCGGAACAGAAACGAGUGUCAAUAUAAAGUAAUUAUUAAAUAAAAAUUAAAUAAAUAAAUGAAUAAAUAAAGCUAAAGUUAUUCCAAGAGCCAGGUAAAGAUUUGAAGUAUGUUUUUUAAAAGUGCUGAGAACAAUUUAGGUAAACUAAGUUAAAUCAAUGUUUUUCAAAAUACACCCUGUGGCUUUCCAAGAAAAUCCUGAGGGAGGGAGGGGGGAGAGAGGGGAGAGGUGCAGCUAAGUGGCACAGUGGAUAGAGCACCAACCCUGAAGUCAGAUGGACUCAAGUUCAAAUCUGGCAUCAGAUACUUAACGCGUCCCAGCUGUGUGACCCUGGGCAAGUCACUUCACCCCAAUUGCCUCAGUAAAAAAAAAAGAAAGAAAGAAAGAAAAGAAAAUCUCAGGGCUUUAAGCUAAGUCAGAGUGGUUUAUUGAAUAAUUUUCAUCAACAGUAAUAAAAACAUAUAGCAAAUGUCAUUGUCACUAAGUAACAAGAGAAGAAUUUGAUUUAUAUAAAUGUUUGUUAUUAUUUGGUCGUUCAUUUGUAUUCAGUUCUUUAAGACUCCAUGAUCAUAGUAUGCCAGUCCCUUCUAUCUGCCACUAUCUCCCAAAUUCUAUCCAGACUCUUUUGGGGGGUAAGGUAAUUCCAUUGCAGUAUCUAUAUUUCACCUUCUGUUCAUCUAUAUAUUUCACCUUCUGUUCGUCUCCUUUACUGUUUUUCAAUCUUUUCCAACAUCAGGGUUUUAUGAGUUCCCACUUCUAUUGUUUAAUUAGUUCUGUUGUUUAAACUUCAUUCAGCUUCAGUAGUUGACAUUCCAGUGAAUAGACAAUUUAAGUACUGAUUUGAUCUCCUUGCUAUCCAAGGGACUCUCAAGUCUUUUCCAGCACAGUUCUAAAGUGAUUCUACAGAGUUUAGUUUUUCCUGUAAUGCCACUUUCAUGGCCAAAUGUUGCUGGUGGAAAAACCAUAGCUUUCAGUAAAUGGACACCUUUAUUGCAGGUGAUGUCUGCUUAUUAGUAUCCUGUCUAGAUUUGCCACAGUUUCCAAGAAGCAAGUGAUUUUUAAUUUUAUGGCUGCAGUCACUGUAUGCAGUGAUCUUUUAAUCUAAGAAUAUAAAAUCUGACACUACUUCCUUUUUUCUCUCCCUCUAUUUGCCAGGAAUAAUGAGACAAGUUGACAUGAUCUUUGGAUUUUUGAUGUUUUUAGACUUCAAGCCAGUCUUUACACUCUCUUUUCUCACCUCAACAAGAAUCUUAAUUCCCCUUCUCUUUUUGCCAUCAGAGAGAUAUCAUCUGCAUAUCUGAAAUUGUUAAUAUUUCUCCCAGCAAUUUUAAUUCUGGCUUUUGACUCAUGUAACCUGGCAUUUCACAUCAUGUACUACUCUCCAUAUAAGUCAAAUAAGGUGACAACAUAAAGCUUUGUCACACUCAUUUUUCAUUCUUAAGCUAACCAUUGUUCAUAUUGAGUCCUAACUGUUGCUUCUUGGCCUGCUUAACAAAUUCCUCAGGAGACAAAAGGUGAUCUGAUACUUCUAUCUCUUGAGAACUUGCCAUAUUUUUAUGAUCUACAUAGAGGCUUUAAUGAAAUCAGUGAAGCAGAAAUAAGAUGGUUUUUCUGGAACUCCCAUGCUUUCUCCAUAAUACAGAUGUUGGCAAUAUGAUCUUUGGUUUUUCUGCCUCUUUGAAAACCAGCCUGCACUGUUAAUUCUCAGUUCAUAUUUUACUGAAACCUAGCUUGAAAAAUCUUUUUAAGUGUAACCUUGCUGGUAUAUGUGACAUAAGCAGUUGUUCAGUAGCUUGAAUUAAUAUUCUUUGAUGUUGCCUUUCUUUAGAAUUAGAAUAUAAAAUGAUCUUUUCCAAUCCAGAGGCCACUAUUGCAUAUUCCAAAUUUGCUGACAUAUUGAGUGCAGUACUUUUAACAGCAUCAUUUUUAGGAUUUUAAAUACCGUCAGCUGGAAUACCUUCAUGUUAGUCCCACUUGACUUUACUCCCCGGAUGUCUAGCUCUAGAUCAGCAACCACACCAUUGUGGUUUUUGGUGAUAUUAAGGUAUUUCUUAUAUUUCUUCUGAAUAUUCUUGCCAUCUCUUCUUAAAUCCUUACUAUUUUUGUCUUUUAUCAUGCCCAUUUUUGAAGGAAACAUUUCCUUAAUCUCUAAUUUUCUUGAUUUUUUUUUUUUGUCCUUAUUGUUCGUGUUUUCUUCUAUGUAUUUGUAACUCUCCUUGUCAUUUUCUGGAAUUCUGCAUUCAUUUCAGUCUUUCCUUAACUACUUGUCAUCAGUUAAUUUUGUUUUGCUCUUUUUCUUUGAAAUGUUUUUUGUUGCUACUUCCUGUACAGGAAGUAUGGCACUUAUCUGCCAUAUCUAAUACUUUAAAUUGAUUCAUCACUUUCUCCUUCCUAUUCAUAAGGGAUGUUUGUUAUUUAGGUCAUGCCUAUAAUGGUCUGAUGGAUUUUUCUCUUCAAUUUAUAUCUGAAUUUUGUGAGAAGCAGCUCAUGAUCUGAGCCAGUCAGUUCCAGUUCUUGUUUUAACUGGUUGCUUAGAGUUCUUCUCCAGGAUGUUGAUAUUGACUAUCUGAUGAUGCCCACCUGUAAGUCACCUUUUGAGUUGUUGAAAAAGUGUUUGCUAUGACCAGUGAGUUACUGUUAGUGUCUGCCCUCUUUCAUUUUAUACUUCACAACCAACUUGCUUUUGAUGCUAAUUUCCUUUUGAUUUCCUACUUUAGUUUUCCAAAUCAUCUGUGAUGAAUGUGACAUGUUCUUUUUUUUUGGUGUUAAUUCUCGAAAUUGUAGUUCCUCAUAGAACUGAUCAACUUAGGCUUCUUUGGCAUCAGUGAUUGGCGAAUGGACAGAAUUCUGUCUAGUCCUAUGAUUCUGAAUGGUUUACACCUUGGAUUCUAACAUGUCUUUCUGUCAGUUUUUAGAUGAUUCCCCAAUAGAUGGUUAUUCCAUUUUUCCUAAGGGAUUUUUGCUCACAGUACUAUAUGUAAUGAUCACCUGAAUUAAAUUUAACCAUUUCAGUUCACUGACAAAUACAAAUGUACUUUCAUGAGAAAAAUUAUCUUUAAAUAUCUGUAACUCGUAAAAGAAAUCACACCAUUUUAGAAUUUUGAGUUUUUCUACAUCGUUCUCUAAGGGAUGAGUGAUGGGAAAGAAUAGGAUUCAGAGCUAUGAUUUCAGUGUUAUGGGGAAUUCUAGAAUGAGAAAAUUUCAUUGGCACCAUCUUCUAAAAUUGACACCAAAUUCUGAGAGUUGCCUAGAGCACUAAAAGGUUAAGUGAUUUUUUUUUCCAGUCAGCCAGUGUGUCCAGCUGGAUUUGAACCCAGUUUACUAUAUCACAGUAGCUUUCAUUUGAUCAAUGUGAAUUAAAAAAAAAAAAAAAACAUUUUGUGAAUGACAAACCACAAUUUUCAGAGGACUAAAAAGAAAAGCACAUUACUAGCCACAUUCAGCCAGAGAUAUGAUGGAAUUAAAUUAGAAGGGUUUGGGACUUUUUAUUAGUGAUUUGUAGGGGACUGAGGAAGAAAUUAACUAGUUAAUUGCAAAAAAUACUAAAAUUUAAUUUUAAAAAAAGAUUUUGCAAACAGGUCCAUCCUUUUCUAAAAUGAAUAGCAUAAGAUUGAUGGAUUUAAUGCCACUGAUAUGACAGGGUGUAUACAUGCAAUAUAGAGUAUAAUUUGUUUUCACAUUUAAGAACAUUAGUUUUAAGUCUUUGGAGUUUGGUUAAUGGACUUUUAGUAACAUGAAAUUUAAAUGUUCAUGUAUUUAUUGUGGAAACUUUUAGGUUAUUUGUAUUACACUUUAAUACAAUGUUAUUCUUGACUAGAAAAAGUCUUUUUAUCUUUACAGAGAAAGAGGAUACACACAUCAAUCAUCAAAUGUUGGUAUAAAAAUAAAACUGCUUCAUUGCUUUUACAGUAGGUUUUCUAUUGAUUCCAUAAAUGAAUAAAUGAACCGUGAACAAUAAAUCUCAGAAAGUUACUUGAAAACACUGCUUUGACUUCUGAGGGCAAAUCCAAGAUCAACAAAGAUUCGGGGACAGAGGGGAAUUCUUCCCCCAAAUAUAACAUUCAUUUUCACACCAUUGUAAAGUUGUGGAUAUGAAGCAGUUUGUGACAUUUCAACUUUUGAAUUUAAGUAAUCAUGACAGAAGUGAGAUUGAUUUUGUCAAAAAUCUAGUAUUUUACAAAUGUCUGAAGUCAUCUUAUAACACUGAUUUUUUUUUUUUAAGUUUAACUGACAUGCUGCUACAAGAUGACAACCUUAUUAGGAUUUUAAAUUUUUUUUAGAAAACUUGACAAUUAAAAUAUGAAGGUCACAUUAUAGCACCUGUUCAUUUUCCUCCUUUUUUUGAUCUUUGAUUUUAAAAAGCUUUUUAAAAUUCAAUUAAUUUUUUUUAAAACAAGUUUAAAGAUUGAAAAACUGAAUUAGUUGAUAUUUUUAGUAUCUCUCAAUUUUAGUAUCUCCAAAAACAUACUGUUGAUUUUCAUUGACAAAUCUAUGAGGGUCUUCCCCUCUACCAGCAAAAGGAGUUAGAAUAGAAAAGUAGAAAAGUUGUGAAUAGCUGCUUAUUAUUUUUAAAUCUAAAUUUCAAUUUAAAAUCAUUGUUGUUCAUUUGGUUCAGUCAUGUCUGACUUUGCAACCCCAUUUGGGGUUUUCUUGGCAAAGAUACUGAUGUCAUUUCCUUCUUCAGUUUAUUAUACAGAUGAGGAAACUGAGACAGAAUUAAGUGACAUGCUCAGGUCACACAGCUAAUACAUGUCAGAAAAAAUCUGAACCCUGGAAGAGUAGUCUUUCUUAACUUCAAGCCUGGUUUUUAUCCACUGCUGCCUCAAAAUUAUAUUAUCAUAAUUGGAACUAUUUUUAGUUUAAUAAUACUCUGAAACCCUUAUCAAAUGCCUUAUUUGAUAUGUCCCCACAUAUGUAUUUGGAAUCCAAACAAUGCUGAGUCUGUUAGCAUGCUAUAAUUAAAUAAUACUCCCAAUGUACACAUAAAUUCUGUAAUUUAUUUUUAAUAUGCAAAUUAAAAUAAACUGAGUUUUUUACAUUGUAAAUUUGCCAAUAUUUUAUGCCAAAGAAAAGCUUCCAAAUGCUUUACAAAACAAUACAGAGGCAGGUAAACCUGAUUUCAGGAUCAUCAUAAAAAACAAAUGGAAUCUUCUGGUUGAUCCUAUUCAGAAAUAAUGGUCAUAUGAAAAUGGUUUUCUUCAGCAUUUAAAAUGUUUUAUGGGUGUGAUUGAUAGAGCAACUUUAGUAAUCUCUCAACGAAACAAUCUUUCUCAGAAAAAUGUUUCCCGGCACAGUGGACAAGUAGAUUUGUUGCUGGAUGUAAACCAUUUGUAC